UGUGUGACACAUCAGGUCGCCGGGCUACUCGCUCCAUGUAAGACCUCUGCUCUUGUGUCUACCACCUUCGACCGCCAUCCUCACUUUUUCUCCAUUGAAAGCAUGGAAAUGGCAAAGCGAGGCCUCUUGUUCUUGCACAGGGCCUGCUCUGCUUCGCUCACACGGCAGGACCGACUCGACAUUCUCUUCGGCACCUUCUUCGUGCACCUCAUACUAACAAUGCUGAGCAACUUAUGUGGCUGUCUGACCCAGAGUUUCCUCCUCUACAACGGCCUCUUCCUGGGCACUGUCAUCUGGAGUCUGCACCACCGCGAGUCUGAGGAGCCGGCCUUCUUGGCGAUGUGUACUGACUGCUUCGCCUUCGUGUUCGACAUAGUAAAUCUUUCCAUCUUCUGGCCAACAAUCCUGACUGGUUCCAUACAAUUCGGGCUCGUGAUGGCCAUGCUUAACCUGGCGCUGCGCCCCAUGUCCGCCUUCCUACUGUACCGGGUGGUGCAGGACCGAGCCACAGACCACGGAGGAAGCAGCACCUUGCCUUCCAGUUUACAAGGCAUUUUUAAUCCCACACCGUACGAGGACAUUGAUCAGGAAGGUGCGCAAGCUGUCAUCCCCAAGACCCAGACACCAAGGCACUCCAAGGAUUCCAAGGACCCUAUUGUUGCUUAGCUGGCUUGCUCUCGCUCUCGCUCUCUCUCUCUCUCUCUCUCUCUCUCUCUACUCGACAAUUCCUACUCUGUUUAUAUCUAGCCACUCUCUACUUUCUACACACACACACACACACACACACACACACACACACACAGUUCUAGUCAGUCCAUUUCUAAAACAAACCUUCAUAAUCUUAAGUUUUCUAUUGGUCGUGCUUAGUACAAUGUCAUGGCGCCUAUACGUGGUGGCUAUUCUCUAGUCUCCCAUCAAAUUUUUCGUUUUCUACAGCUUCAAGGGAGAAUCUAACUCUUUGAAGGGGGAACUCGGCCUGGCCACACUCCACAGCUAGACUGCAAGAACAUAAAAACAUAGAAAAAUAAAAGGGAAGAAACAAGGACCCAUGAAAACACUAGCACCAAAUUCCAUGUUCAGUAUAAAAAGA